GAAUGAUCUCUGUGUACGAAAGCAUCAAAAUUGACUGGAGCAUGCUGUGACACGGCCUUGAUAGCAUAUUUCGCCCCAUACAUCUAUGCAUUUGUGUUCAUUUGCUGCCAUGCUGGCCAUGCCGCCAUGCUAUUGUUUUCCAUAUGCGGCGUUUAAGCUGCCACCCCGAAUGUGAGUCGGCGCCAUGAAACAAGCGACACUGUUCCGAGCGUGGAACCCCAAGCCGUCGACUUCGGGCACGGCGCCCAGGCACAAAGUCAAGCCACCCGACACCUCCGGCGAAGACGUCGUGGUCCUCAGCGACGACGAUGACGAGUUUCUCGUCCAAGCUAUGGACCAAACUUUGGCGUCCGCGAUGCCCCCGCCCGCGCCUCCGCCUCAGAAAGCGUCGGAAGAUCUUCCCGGCUUCGACGUUGUGGCCGGGCAGACGUGGAUUUACCCAACCAACUAUCCCGUGCGCGACUACCAGUUCAACAUCGUGCAGUCGUGUCUCUUCAAGAACACUAUGGUGAUCCUGCCCACGGGCCUGGGAAAGACCUUCAUCGCCGCCGUGGUCAUGUACAACUUCUACCGGUGGUACCCGACGGGCAAGAUUGUCUUCACCGCGCCCACGAAACCGCUGGUUGCUCAGCAGAUAGAGGCGUGCUACAAGAUCAUGGGCAUCCCCUUGGAAGACACCCUCGAAAUGACAGGAAACGUUCCCGCCCCUCGGAGGGCCACGGCGUGGCGCGAGAAGCGUGUCUUCUUCCUCACACCUCAGGUGAUGAUGAAUGACCUCCUGCGGAAUGCUUUGAAGCCCCAGGACGUCAAGUGUCUCGUGAUUGACGAAGCGCACAAGGCGCUCGGAAACUACGCCUACUGCCAGGUGGUCCAGGAAAUUAUGAAAUACACCAACCAGUUCCGAGUCGUUGCUCUGAGUGCCACUCCUGGUUCCGACGUCAAUGCCGUGCGGCAGGUUCUUUCAAACUUGAUGAUCUCGCACGUGGAGCUGAGGUCGGAGGAGUCCAUCGACAUCCAGAAGUACACUCAGAGGAGGACCAUAGACAAGGUGGUCGUCCCGCUCGGACACGAGAUCGUCGAGGUCAAGCGCAAGUUCCUGCAAGUGGUGUGCAUGUACCUGGAACGGCUGGAGCGGCACGGGGCGCUCCCCCGGCUCAACCCGGAGUCUUUGGGCAAGUUCCGGCUGCUGAAGCUAAAGGAGACGUUCCUGCAGAGCCCGCCCCAGGGCAUGGCGCCCCGCCUGGUCGGGCAGCUGCAGGGGGACUUCUCGCUGCUCAUCAGCCUCUACCACGCCUACGAGCUGCUGCUGGCGCAUGGGCUGCGCCCCUUCUUCCACUUCCUCAAGGGCAUCGUGGAUGGAGAGAAAAGUCAGCCAAGGGUGCGCUACGAACUCAUGCACCACCCUGGCUUCAACGAACUCUACACGGACCUGAAGGAGAGACUGGGCAUCUCCAACAACGCGGCGAACGAGACCCUGCGCCCGUCCUCGACUACCAGCUCCCUCUUUGAGGUGCUUCAGUACCUGCAUGUGCUGAAAUGGUCUUGCACGGUGCAAUGA